AUCCAGCGGUUAGCUUGCUGACCUCUCGGCUUCUCGGCCCCACCCUCCUUCCCUAGGAGACCUUGGGAUCGAACGGGCCGCCGCGGAGUGCGCGGCCCCGGAAGCUCCAGCUUGAGGGUCCAGUCACCGGAAGUGCCGCCUGGGGCGGCGGAGUAAGCGUGCGGCGGGUCCUCGCGGUCCUUGGCGGUGAGAGGGUCGGGGCCGGGUGCGGCGCCCUUGUUAUCGCCGUCAACGGAAAGUUGGGAGGAGUGCCUGUGAGACUGUCCUGGAGCAGAGGGAAGAAUUAAAUAUUAUGAGUACUUCUGGAUUAGACCUCGUGGAUCUGAAAGAAUAAGUCGUUGAGUUCUUGUUGAGAAAGCUGUUUUUUUUUAAAUUUUGAUUUUUCUCAAGACCAUAAAGUGAAUGCUGCUUUUCUUCUGUCUACUUUAUCGGUUUGGAGGUACCAAGUAAGAAACUAAUGUAUAUGAUGCUGGAAAUUUUUAAACAAAAACUACUAAUGAAUGAAAGGCUUAAAACAGAUAUAUUUUUGAAGUUACCAGAAAAAUGUCUAUGAAAACAGGGAUCAAGAACACUGAUGGAAAACCACUUAGGAGGGGACCAUAGAAGAUGUACACUUCAGAAGAGAAAUGUAACCAGAGAACUCAAAAAAGGAAAACAUACCAUGUAUGCCCUCAGAAGGGGAAAAAGAUUUAUAUUCAUGUACGUGAGAUUACUCAAAUAGAUAAUCAAAUAUAUCAGUCCCUUGAACGUGAACAAAACUUUUGUGAAAACUUAGCACGAAUGUGUGAGAGAACAUAUACUGGGGAGAAACCUUAUAGAUGUGAUAUGUGUGAGAAAACCUUCAUCCAAAGUUCAGAUCUUAUUUCCCACCAGAGGAUCCAUAAUUAUGAGAAACCUUAUAAGUGUAGCAAAUGUGAGAAGAGCUUUUGGCACCACUUAGCCCUUUCAGGACACCAGAGAACACAUGCAGGUAAAAAGUUUUAUACCUGUGACAUCUGUGGCAAGAAUUUUGGUCAGAGCUCUGAUCUGCUUGUCCACCAGCGAAGCCAUACAGGUGAAAAACCUUAUCUGUGUAAUGAGUGUGACAAAUGCUUCAGUCGAAGUACAAAUCUCAUAAGGCACCGAAGAACUCACACAGGUGAGAAACCGUUUAAGUGUCUGGAAUGUGAAAAAGCUUUUAGUGGGAAAUCAGAUCUUAUUAGCCACCAAAGGACUCAUACCGGUGAAAGGCCCUACAAAUGCAAUAAAUGUGAGAAAAGUUACCGGCACCGAUCCGCCUUCAUUGUGCAUAAAAGAGUUCAUACUGGGGAGAAGCCGUAUAAGUGUGGUGCUUGUGAGAAGUGCUUUGGCCAGAAAUCAGAUCUUAUUGUACACCAGAGAGUCCAUACAGGAGAGAAACCAUAUAAAUGCUUGGAAUGUAUGAGAAGUUUUACUCGGAGUGCCAACCUUAUUAGGCACCAGGCAACUCACACUCAUACUUUCAAAUGCCUUGAAUAUGAGAAAAGUUUUAACUGUAGCUCGGACCUUAUUGUACAUCAGAGAAUUCAUAUGGAAGAAAAACCACAUCAGUGGUCUAUGUGUGAGAGUGACUUCCUCCUAGGUAUGGACUUUGUUGCCCAGCAGAAAAUGAGGACUCAAACAGAGGAGCUCCAUUAUAAAUACAGUGUAUGUGAUAAAAGCUUUCAUCAUAGCUCAGCUCUUCUUCAACAUCAGACAGUGCACAUUGAUGACGAAUACAUCUGUAAUAUGAGUGAAAAGGGGCUUGAUCUCAGCUCUCAUGCAUCGGAAACCUCACGGAUGUCUUGACAAGAGGUCUUAUAACCUUAAAAAUAUAUUUACAUAUCAGAAUUCAAUAAGAGAAAGACUGGGUAAAUUUCAGAUUUCCCUUAGAUCUCAGACUUCAUUGGAAUGCAGAGAAAGAGUCUAUAGUCUUGGGGACUGUAAGAAAAGCUUUAAUGCAGAGAGUAGCCCUGUCAGGAUACCUUUAUUAGCUACACUUGUAAGGAACUCCAUAAAUGCUCUGGGUUUUGGAAAACCUUCCUCACAAGAUUCAUACAGGUAGGAAGCCUUACAAUGUGGUAUGAGAGCUCUCCAGCAAUGUUACGUCCUUAUUUUUACAAUUCACAGCAGAGAACAACCAUAUAAAUGUUUUGUAUUGGCACUACUUCAGAUAGUCUGUAUACCUUAUUGGAUAUCAGAAGAUUCACCCUGGGGAGAAGCCCCAGACAUUACAGCAAAAAGUUUCUAACAACUCUGACUUUCUUACCCUUCAGAGAAGCCAUAUUGGGGUUAAUGGAUAUUUGCGUGUGGCAAAAACACUUGUUGGAGAGUCAUACUUGGGUUUGCUGCAUCCUAGACAAAAAUCAGAGGAACAAUAAGUGAAUGAAGAAAGCUUACUUAUUUUCAGCUCUUGGGGCACACCAGGGAACUCACAUUAGUGAAAGCCCAUAAAUGCAUUGCGUCUGAGAAGCUAGAAAGAAGCUCUUACCUAGUGGGACCCCAGAGAACGAGUUCUACAGAGGAGGAGUUGUCCCAGUGAGAGAUCUAAUUGUGGGUGAGAAUCUGUAUAUAUGCUGUGUUAUGCAAAGAGUUGUUCUCUUAGUUGAACCACAUUGUGAAAAAAAUAAAUGAAAACUAGAGUUGUAUGAAAAUAAUGUCUUAGUAACCCAAAAGCUUGUUCUGGAGGAGCUGGGGCAGGGCAGUGUAGAUCUGGAGGGUAACUCAGGUAAAGAUGCUUUUCUUUUGUCUCAACCACUUAAUGAUUGCUUUAGUUUCACUUUAAAAAUGUCAUAAACCAAUAAAGGAAAGAACUGUAAUCUUGAGUAUAAGUAGGGUGUGGUUUAUUGUUGAAAGAAAGCAGUGUUUUGACUUUGCUUCCUGUUUGAUUUUCUUUUUUUGUUUUGUUUUGUUUUGUUUGUUUUUUUCUUUUUUUGAGACAAGGUUUCUCUGUAUAGUCACUCUGUAGACCAGGCUGGCCUCAAACUUAGAAAUCCACUUGCCUCUGCCUCCCAGGUGCUAAGGCAUGCACCACCACUGCCCAACUUUCUUAAAAUCCCUUGGCUAGAAUGGGAGUGGUGUGUUGCUAAGAAACUAGAGAGUUCUUAGUUUGGGUUAAAAUUCUUAGUAGUUUCCCUUUGGCAUGAUCAACCUCAGCAAAAAGCAAAAUACUCAGUUCUUUGCUUAGUGUUAAUAUCUGCCCUCAGAAUUGUCCUAAGAUGUCCAAAAUUGACCCUAAAAUUUCUUUUUGAGUUAUCACUGGGGUUGCUGAAAUUUCAUAUUUAUAGGUUCAUUUUCAAGUCAAAAUAACAAAUUUUAGGAUACUGGUUAUGAUGAUAUUAUAGUAUUCAGGUUUUUGUGACUUACUUCAUCUGUUUUAGUGAUAGAUGCUAUAACAGCUGGCUUAGAGCAGAAGGAAUAGGGGGCAAGUUGUAAGCCAGAGAAAGUGGAGGAUAGAUGCAAUUAAGCAUUUUAAUAGAUAAACAGGACACUGAUUUUGAGGGUUCUGACUCCAAAGCUGAUGUUCUUCUUCAGUCUAUUGUCCUGAUACUUGCAGCAAAUUAAGCUUCAUAAUGACAUUUUUUUUUUCAUUUAUUUCAGUUCUAUCAAGGAAAGAAAAAUACAGUUUAAUCCCAGGGAAAGGAUUGCAGUCAACACAAUAUAAGGUAUAUUCUUGGUUUGGAAUGUAGGAUUCUAAAUAUUAGAAAAGUAGUCAGCAGAUUGACCUGAAGUUUAAGGAUAUAUAUGUGGUUUCCAGUCCAGUAGGGUAACUGGUUGUCUUUCACAUUCCUUGGAUAGCUUAUGAUCCAAGCAGUUGUCUAAUGGUCACUUCUCAUUUGCUUUCUUUGACUUAAAAGACUUAAUAUAAAUAUAUCAAGGUCCUGCAUAUUUGUAUAGAAUUAUAAUUAUUUUAUUGCUAAUCACAGUCCUGUUUUUAUUGUAAUCUAUUUAGUGAACCCCUGAAGUCCAGAGGGUAUUAGUGUUUGGAGUCAAGAAAUUGGUCUGGUGCUACCUUACAUGUGGCUAUAAGCUCUCAACCUGAUAAUUGUUUGAUAAUCAUAAUCUUAAGGCCAGUGAAUUUAGCUCAGUAAAGAAUCUGGUUCAAGUAUUUUUCCUUUUAGAAAACUGAUUGUGUUAGUUGUUUUGCUCGUUUUUGUUUUUUGUUUAUUUGGUUUGGUUUUGUUUUCUGAGACUGGGUUUCUCUGUGUAGCCCUGGCUAUCCUGGAACUAGCUAUGUAGACCAGGCUGACCUCAAACUUAGAGAUCCCCCUGCCUCUGCCUCCAUGGUGCUGGGAUUAAAGGCAUGCACUACCACCCCCUGUCUCUGUCAGAUUUUUUGAUCUAACAUGUUCCAGUAAUUUUAUAAAUAAUUUUAGUACUAUGAAAAAUUAUCCAUUGUGAUAAAUACACAUGAGAUGAAUCUCUUUGGGGAAAAUCAUGCCUGUCACUAGUAAAAGUUUGAAAAUUGUCAUACUUACAUAAUACUGGGUGUGUGACAAUGACAGUUAAAAAAAGUCAUUAUAAUGGAGAGGCCAUGGAGAAAGAGACAGAGAUAGGUUGGUGAUUACCCUUGCUUCAGCCUGUCUCACUGGUAAUUGUCUAUAGUCUCAAAUUAAAUUAACAAUGGACCAUUCCUCAGACAGAACUUUGAGGAUAUAAAACAGGCCUGAGGCCUUUUAACUGUGGUAAGAAGGUGUUGGUAUUACAUAACAUAACCUGAGGUUGGAGAGGACCACAUGGGAGCCUGUAAGCAAAGCUAGAAGGUAACUUCUGGGAUGGAUGGAGGUUCCCUUGAAGCAGUGCCAAGGCAAAUCUACCUCAGGUAAGUAGUCAGAGUCACUUUUAAGAUUUCAGACCAAAUGAGAUAAAUUAUGUCCUAUCCAUGUACUCCUCUAUGCUUAUUGUUUUUGUUUACCUUUAAUUUUUAAAUAAAGAUUUGUUCUGAAAUACUCCA